AUGACGCCGGCCACGAACUGCGCUAGCGUUUCUGGGAUGUCUAUUACAUGCUGCGGUAGCUUGCACUCUGCUUCAGAAACCUGCGUAUCAACAAGACCAUUACCAUCAAAUGAGUCUACCCACACACACACAAACAUCAGCGCGAAUGACAACUCGCUCCAUGUCUCGCCUGCAAGUUUCCACGAGCCGCGUCCAUCAAACCGCAACGAGCAGGCAGAUACCUCUCAUGUCUCCAGCCAUUCGCACAGCCAACGUAUUGAGACUACGCUUGCACAAGUUAUCCGAAUGCAUUACAACGAAAAUGUGUUUGAACUUCAAGAGGAAGUAAGGACUACAGCUUUACAAGAGGCUGGUCAAGAACUCGACUUCGACCUGCCACUUCAGCGUUAUGAGAAUGAUAAGUGGCAGUUGAACGAUUGGGUAGCAGUGCAGAGUGCUUCGGUGGCGAUGGAUGGAAGUCGUUAUUCCGCAGGGCUUGUCGAGACGGACCCCUGA